AUUGUAAGGAACUAAGGUUCGGGUUCUUUACCAGCUCCAGAGAGUGCUUUAAACCUGGAAAAGAAACAGGACCCUAGGCAGUGGGUGUGGAACGGGGAGGAGUCUUCAGAAGAUAAUUGCAGCAAAGAAGAAAAAGGUAGCGCGUCCCACAGUGUCUUGUUUUUGUUCUGCUCUCUCAGGAUGGUAGUGACAAAUGAUCAGACACAAAAGCUGGCAGUCUUCUGCCAAAAAGAGGAUCAAAAUGCCCCUUAACAGCAUCUCCAGGAGGACAGAGACCGAGAGAAGGGGUGUGCGUAAGAGGAGGAGAGGACGACAGUGACAAGGCGCCUAGUGCUACGGUCCCAGCUAGGUGCUCCUCCAAGGAUCAGAGUUGGAAGGAUCUCCGAAAGCUGACGCCAGAGCAGCCCACUAGGAUUUUUGUCUGCCUUCGAGUAGCACCGCUUGGAAGUAGACCUCUUCUCUCUGCCCUUGGCCUCCACCCUCCCUGCCAAGGAAACCUGUCGCCCCUGGACACUGUCUGAAGUAAUGAAGAGGGCGAAUUCUCUUGAAGAGGGCGUUUGAAGGGGCUUCCUGCAAAUCUUUCUUGUCUGUACGUUGUUGGACCAGUCCCUUCCCUGCUUCGCCUCAGAACCUGCCGUGGAAUUGAUCCCCUUUUGGUGUGUGGUGGCUCCUCUUCAAUGUGGACUCCAAAGGAUUUGUCCCUUUACAGUUUGAAAUGAAAUGAUGGCCACACAUUGGACUGGUCUGCCUGAGGGAGAUGGUGACAAACUCAAGGCCUGUGGGGCCGCCUCUGCCUGUGAGGUGUCAAAGAAUAAAGAUGGAAAAGAAGAAAGUGAAACUGUGUCACCAUCUGAAGAUGAGCCGUUCUCCUGGCCAGGUCCAAAAACAGUCAUGCUGAAGAGAACAUCGCAAGGGUUUGGCUUUACACUGAGACACUUCAUCGUUUAUCCCCCAGAGUCUGCCAUUCAGUUUUCAUAUAAGGAUGAAGAGAAUGGAAACAGAGGAGGAAAGCAGAGAAACCGAUUGGAGCCGAUGGAUACCAUAUUUGUUAAACAAGUGAAGGAAGGCGGGCCUGCCUCUGAGGCUGGGCUAUGCACAGGUGACCGGAUUAUAAAAGUCAAUGGAGAAAGUGUCAUAGGAAAGACCUAUUCCCAAGUAAUCGCUCUCAUUCAGAACAGUGACACCACGCUGGAGCUCAGUGUUAUGCCAAAGGAUGAAGAUAUUCUCCAAGUGCUACAAUUUACAAAGGAUGUCACAGCACUGGCAUAUUCUCAAGAUGCCUACCUGAAAGGCAAUGAAGCUUACAGUGGCAAUGCCCGUAACAUACCUGAACCUCCACCAGUUUGCUAUCCCUGGUUGCCAUCCACUCCUUCAGCCACGGCACAGCCUGUCGAAAUAUCUCCUCCAGACUCCUUACCGAAUAAACAGCAGACCAGUACACCGGUCCUGACACAACCUGGCCGGGCUUAUAGAAUGGAAAUACAAGUGCCUCCAUCACCAACGGAUGUUGCAAAGUCAAACACAGCAGUGUGUGUUUGCAGUGAAAGUGUGAGGACUGUCAUUGUGCCUUCUGAGAAGGUGGUAGACUUGUUAUCCAAUAGAAACAACCAUUCAGGUCCUUCGCAUAGAACUGAAGAAGUAAGGUAUGGUGUGAAUGAGCAGACCUCUUCAAAAGCAGCAUCAAGAACCACAUCACCGUCAUCAGUUCCCACUGCCCACCUAAGUCAUCAGACCACAGGCUCCAGAUCGUUGGAACCUUCUGGAAUUUUACUUAAAUCUGGAAAUUACAGUGGACAUUUAGAAGGAGUCUCAAGUAGUAGACCUCAAGCUGUGGAUUCUCCUUCUGUGCCUGUCAAUCACUAUUCCCCAAACUCCCAUCAGCACAUAGACUGGAAAAAUUAUAAGACUUAUAAAGAAUACAUUGAUAACAGGAGAUUGCACAUUGGUUGUCGGACAAUUCAAGAAAGGUUGGACAGCUUACGAGCUGCAUCUCAGAGUGCAGCAGACUAUAACCAGGUGGUACCCACCCGCACUACUUCGCAGGGACGACGUCGAAGCACCUCUCAUGAUCGAGUGCCCCAGUCGGUUCAGAUCCGGCAGCGCAGUGUAUCUCAGGAAAGACUGGAAGAUUCUGUGCUGAUGAAGUAUUGCCCAAGAAGCGCGUCUCAAGGAGCACUGACCGCUCCACCUGUUAGUUUUAGUAAUCAUAGAACUCGUUCAUGGGAUUACAUCGAGGGGCAGGGUGAAGCCACAGCCAGUGUCAAUUCUGAAAGUCAGAUGCCUGACUCAAAUGGGGAACGAAAACAGACAUAUAAGUGGAGUGGAUUCACUGAGCAAGAUGAUAGACGAGGUAUUUGUGAACGACCCAGGCAGCAAGAAACUCACAAACCUUUUCGAGGUUCAAAUUUGACUGUGGCCCCUGUUGUUAACUCUGAUAACAGGCGACUGAGUGGUAGAGGAGUGGGACCUGUUUCACAGUUUAAAAAAAUCCCACCAGACCUAAGACCACCACAUUCCAACAGAACUUUUCCAACUAUGAGUGGGAUGCCACUGCCACGGGCUGUUUCACAGGACAGGUCCCCACUUGUGAAAGUCCGAAGUAAUUCUCUGAAAGCGCCUUCUGCACCUGUCUCAAAAUCAUCCUUCAGCCAGCACUCUCUGGUGUCCACGAAAGACCAAAGGCCCGUCAAUCAUCUGCAUCAGCAUAGUCCACUGAAUCAGCAGACAUGGUUCAGACCUGAGAGCACGCUCGAGCACCAGCUGGGGACCGAGCUGUCCCCAUGUUUACCCGGAACUUCUGCUAAGACAGGGCCUCAGCUCAGUGAGAACUUGGGAACUUCAGAUUUAGAAUUAUCUACCAGUCCAAGGAAUGGAGAUUUAAACUUACAGGAGGCUGAAAUUCAGCAGCCAGAUGUGCUAGAUAAUAAAGAAUCUGUGAUCCUAAGAGAAAAACCUCCAUCUGGUCGCCAGACACCACAGCCUUUAAGACAUCAGUCUUACAUCUUGGCAGUGAAUGACCAGGAAACCGGGUCAGACACCACCUGCUGGCUGCCUAACGAUGCUCGCAGAGAGGUUCAUAUAAGAAGGAUGGAGGAAAGGAAGGCUUCAAACACCAGUCCGCCUGGUGAUUCCCUGGCCUCCAUCCCAUUUAUAGACGAGCCAACCAGCCCUAGCAUUGAUCAUGAGCUUGCACACAUCCCUGCGUCUGCUGUGAUCUCAGCCUCUCCCUCCCAGGUCCCCGCCAUAGCAACAGUUCCUCCCAGCCUCACCACUUCCGCUCCUUUGAUUCGACGUCAGCUCUCCCAUGACCAAGAGUCUGUUGGACCUCCCAGCUUAGAUGGCCAGCACAACUCAAAGACAGAAAGAUCAAAAUCCUAUGAUGAAGGGCUGGAUGAUUACAGAGAAGACGCAAAACUUUCUUCUAGGACUAGUCGCGUAAGAGCGGUUCCUCUGAGAUACGGCCAGGGCACAAUGUUCCAGCUCAGUAGGAGUUUUCCUUAUGAUGCCAGAUCUUUUAAGCACGUGUCUAGCCUGAAGGGAAUCAAGAUCACGGACAGCCAGAAGUCCUCAGAGGACUCUGGAUCCAGGAAGGAUUCUUCCUCUGAGGUUUUCAGUGAUGCCGCCAAAGAAGGGUGGCUCCAGUUCCGACCUCUCAUCACCGAUAAGGGCAAACGUGUUGGUGGCAGCAUUAGGCCUUGGAAACAGAUGUAUGUUGUACUUCGGGGCCAUUCCCUUUACUUGUACAAAGACAGAAGAGAGCAGACAACGCCAUCUGAGGAAGAACAGCCCAUCAGUGUCAAUGCUUGCCUGAUAGACAUCUCAUACAGUGAGACGAAGAGGAGGAACGUGUUCCGACUCACCACGUCUGACUGUGAGUGCCUGUUCCAGGCUGAAGACAGAGAUGACAUGUUAGCGUGGAUCAAGACUAUCCAGGAAAGUAGCAACCUAAAUGAAGAGGACACUGGAGUUACCAACCGAGAUCUAAUCAGUCGAAGAAUCAAAGAAUAUAACAGUCUGAUGAGCAGCAAAACAGAACAGUUGCCGAAAACACCUCGCCAGAGUCUUAGCAUCAGGCAGACUUUGCUUGGUGCUAAAUCAGAGCCAAAAACUCAAAGCCCACAUUCUCCAAAGGAGGAGUCAGAGAGGAAGCUUCUCAGCAGAGAUGAUACCAGUCCACCCAAAGACAAAGGCACUUGGAGAAGAGGCAUUCCAAGCAUUGUGAGGAAGACAUUUGAGAAAAAGCCAGCCGCCACAGGGACCUUCGGAGUUAGACUGGAUGACUGCCCGCCUGCCCACACCAACCGGUAUAUUCCAUUGAUCGUUGACAUAUGUUGCAAAUUAGUUGAAGAAAGAGGUCUUGAAUAUACAGGUAUUUACAGAGUUCCUGGGAACAAUGCAGCCAUUUCAAGCAUGCAGGAAGAACUCAACAAGGGGAUGACUGACAUUGAUAUACAAGAUGAUAAAUGGCGAGAUCUGAAUGUGAUAAGCAGUUUACUAAAAUCCUUCUUCCGAAAGCUGCCUGAGCCUCUCUUUACGAAUGAUAAAUACGCUGACUUCAUUGAGGCCAAUCGUAAGGAAGACCCUCUAGACCGGCUGAGAACGUUAAAAAGAUUAAUUCAUGACCUGCCUGAACAUCAUUUCGAAACACUCAAGUUUCUUUCGGCUCAUCUGAAGACAGUGGCAGAAAAUUCAGAAAAAAAUAAGAUGGAACCAAGAAACCUAGCGAUCGUUUUUGGUCCAACUCUAGUGAGAACAUCAGAAGACAACAUGACCCACAUGGUGACGCACAUGCCUGACCAGUACAGAAUCGUAGAGACCCUCAUCCAGCAUCAUGACUGGUUUUUCACAGAAGAGGGCGCUGAAGAACCUCUCACGACAGUGCAGGAGGAGAGCACAGUAGACUCCCAGCCAGUACCCAACAUAGAUCACUUACUCACCAACAUCGGAAGGACAGGCGUGCUCCCCGGAGAUGUACCAGAUUCCUCUACUAGUGACGCAGCAAAAUCUAAGGGCUCUUGGGGCUCAGGGAAGGACCAGUAUAGCAGGGAACUGCUCGUGUCCUCCAUCUUCGCAGCUGCUAGUCGUAAGAGGAAGAAACCCAAGGAGAAAGCCCAGCCCAGCAGCUCUGAGGAUGAGUUGGACAGUGUGUUUUUUAAGAAGGAGAGUGUGGAACAGAGUCACAGUGAGAUUAAAGAAGAGUCCAGAAAAGAAAGUGAGGUAUCAGGAAGAAAGCAGAGGGCUGUCAUUGCCAAGGACAGUAACGCCAAGAAAGACACUGCUGUAUCGAAGGAGGAGAAGAAAAUGCCAUCUGAAGAGCCGUCCCCACCACACAGCUCCAAACGCAACAGGUCCCCAACUCUCAGCUGUCGCCUGGCCGUGCUGAAGGAGGGCUCCCGAUCUCUCCUGCCGCAGAAGCCCCACUGCGAAGAAACGGGGUCUGACUCGGGCACUCUGCUUAGCACGUCUUCCCAGGCUUCGCUGACGAGGUCCACCAAAAAAUCAACCAGUCCAGAAACCAAGCACAGUGAGUUUUUGGCCAAUGCCGGCACCAUCACCUCAGAUUACUCUACUACAUCAUCAGGCACCUACUUGACCAGCCUGGACUCCAGCCGCCUGAGCCCGGAGGUGCAGUCAGUGGCAGAGAGCAAGGGGGAUGAGGCUGAUGACGAGAGGAGCGAGCUGGUGAGUGAAGGGCGGCUGGUGGAGACAGACAGCGAGAGCGAGUUCCCCGUGUUCCCCACCGCGCUGACUUCGGACAGGCUGUUCCGAGGGAAGCUACAGGAGGUUGCCAGGGUGAGCCGCAGGAACUCAGAAGGCAGUGAAGCCAGCUGCACUGAGGGAAGCCUUACACCAAGUUUAGACAGCCGUAGGCAGCAGUUCAGUUCCCACAGGCUGAUUGAAUGUGACACGCUGUCUAGGAAGAAGUCUGCCCGCUUCAAGUCAGAUAGUGGGAGCCCUGGAGACACUAGGACCGAGAAAGAAACUCCUGCCCUGGCCAAAGUGUUUGACGUCAUGAAGAAGGGCAAGUCGACGGGAAGCCUCCUGACACCCAGCAGAAGUGAAUCCGAAAAGCAGGAGGCCACUUGGAAAACAAAAAUAGCAGAUCGCUUAAAACUGAGACCCAGGGCACCGGCUGACGACAUGUUCGGAGUUGGGAAUCAAAAACCUACUGCCGAGACAGCGAAAAGGAAAAACAUCAAACGCAGACACACGCUCGGAGGCCACAGAGAUGCUACUGAAAUCAGCGUCCUGAGUUUCUGGAAAGCGCACGAACAGAAUGCCGACCGAGAGUCUGAACUGUCAGCUGUGAAUCGGUUAAAACCCAAGUGCUCGGCCCAGGACCUCUCCAUCUCAGACUGGCUCGCCAGGGAGCGCAUCCGCACCAGCGCCUCUGACCUGAGCCGAGGCGAAGGCCGUGAGUCACAGGCCGAGAACUCCAGCAUGCCGGGCACACCCGCCAACACCCAGGUACCCCUCUCUCAGCAGUCCGAAGCCAGGGGCGCUGCUAGCACCUUGACUUUAACCGGCGGGCCCCCUCUUUCCACACCACCACAGUCACCUGACCAAAUAAACGGAGAAAGCUUCCAGAACAUGAGCCAAAAUGCUAGUUCUGCAGCCAACACCCACCCUCACAAACUGUCUGAAAGUCCCAGUACUAAGGCGGAGUCUGCUCCCUGUCUUUAAGCUGGGUAUGUCCACUCAAGAGAGAAAAGGCUACUGUUACACAGUUUGGUAACUCUGUAAAUAUUUUUCUUGUACCAGAAUUGUUAUUAUGCAGCCUUGGUUUGGGCUGGAUUCACCAUUUUGCACUGUGAAAUAGCUUUACAGUGCAUUACUACAGCCAGAAGAACACUCACAUAUAUUUAAAGGUAUAUCAGAUAGUUGUAUACAAAUAAGCAAGGUGUUUGUUGCAACUUACUACAUAGUAUAUUCCCCAAAUUACUGAAAAAAAUCGCUGGCUUAUGCCGCAGAAUUGUCCUUUUGGUUCCUCACUAACAAAAGUGCCUCAUGAUAAAAGUACAUUUGAUUUUUAGGGUGCCAUAUUGUUGAAAUUAGAUAACUUACAUUGAAUAAAUGAAUGAGUUUUAUCAGUAACAAAUUCAUUACAUUUACCGGUUUUAACUUACACAGGUGGAUACAGAACUUCCAUUCUUUAGUCAUUCCAUGUGGAUCUGAGUUUUAUAUCAAACUUUUAAUACAGUUUUUGGGUUUUGUGUGACUUGAAUUUUUAAUCUUUCUGUAAAAUACGUAAUAACUUAAAUGAACAUAUUCUAUGUGUAUCUUUUCUUCAGAUACCAGAUUUGAUAUAAAUGUUGUAACAUAGAUGUGUAGAUAGUAGAUCCUGGAUGGAACUGGCUUCUUCCUGAGAAGAAUAUAAUUCUGCAUGAGGACUUAAAUCCAAACCUGUGUCAUGCCUGUGUGCAUACCCAAUUAAACACUGGAAAUAAAAAUUGUUUUGGUGAA